CUUUAGCUCCCAACACAAUUCCAAUACGCUGUGGGUGCGGUGCCACUCUCCUUCCACACGAAACACGACUGAAGCUUCUCAUGUGCGAAUCUGACCUUCCCUGGAAACCAACUUGUGUUUUUUCAUUUUUCCCUUCCCGCCCGAGCGAGCUACCUGAACCCUACCUCCUUUGCUCCGCCGGCGUCCAUUUUCUCCGUCCAUUAUUCUCACAUACCGGCGGCUAAACCAGGCCAAGCAAGCUACCGAACAAACACAGGGUUUGCAGAACGAACAGAGGCCAAGCGCGCCACCUGAACCCCACCUCCUUUCUCUGACGGCGUCCACAUUUUCGGGCAAUUAUUCUCACACCGGUGGCCAAACCAGGAUAAUCAAAAAGAGAAUGGAGGGUAGCCCACACUCCAUGCAAAGGCUGGUUUUUGAACUUGAUGGAGAUGAACAUGGACAAAUUAACACUACCAAUGAUACAAAUGAGGUAAAUCCUUCACCUAACAUUAGUGAAACGGUGAAACCGAUUGAUGAUGUGCCUACAUCUGAAGAAAGGAAAGGCCUUGAUGCAAGUAUGCGAAAUGAACUCAAGGAAAAAUUAAGUGUUACUCCUGAAGAGUGGACCCCAAAGAUUGGCAUGACUUUUAAAACAGUGGAUGAAGCAUAUGAUUUUUAUAAUACAUAUGCUGGAAGGGUGGGAUUCAGUAUCCGGAAGGAUAAUAAAGUAGUAUGCAAGCGGACUUGCCAAAUAAGAUUCUGCAAGUUUUGUUGUUCUAGAGAAGGGAAGCGCGUUGCAGAUAAACGUAGGAUCAAUGUCAAGAAUCCCCGAGCAGAGACAAGAUGCGGAUGUAUGGCAGUUAUGAAGAUAAGUCGUGGGAAGGAUGGUUGUUAUCGUGUCAUUGAUUUUAAUGAAACUCAUAAUCAUACGAUUGCAACUCCUAGCAUGCCAUAUAUGUUGAGAUCACAAAGAAUCACCGGUAAGGUACAAGGUGAUCAAGCUAAAAUGGUAGAUACAGGGAUAGCUCCAAGAGUAUCAAUGGAUUUGACAGUCAAUGAAGCUGGUGAUUGUGAAAAUAUUGGGUUCAUUUCUGUAGAUUUAAAGAAUUACUUAAGUUCAUACCGUACUAGGAAAAUGGAUAAGGGGGAGGCAGGUGAUGUUCUACAAUAUUUUGAAGAUAGGCAGUCCCAAGAUCCAUCCUUUGUCUAUGCAAUACAACUUGACCAAGCUGAAUUAGUUACAAAUCUGUUUUGGGCAGAUGCACAAAUGAUAGUAGAUUAUGCUUAUUUCGGUGAUGUGGUAUGUUUUGACACAACAUAUAGAAUAAACAAGAAGAAUAGACCAUUUGCAAUAUUUGUGGGGGUGAAUAAUUAUAGGCAAACAAUUAUUUUUGGUGCUGCAUUAUUGUAUGAUGAAAGUAUAGAUACAUUUGAGUGGUUGUUUAAGGUGUUUCUCAAAACAAUGGGAGGAAAAAAACCAAAUGCAAUGCUAACUGAUGAUGAUGCAAUUGUGGAAAAAGCAAUUAAUUUGGUACUACCAGAAUCACAUCAUCGGUUGUGUGUUUGGCAUAUGUUCCAAAAUGCUGCAAAACACCUUAGUGGUGUAUUUGAGAAGUUCAAGACAUUUUCUAAGGAUUUCAGUAGUUGUGUAUAUGAUUGCGAGGAUGUUGAUGAAUUUGAAGAUGCAUGGAAGAACAUGAUCAAUAGGUAUGAACUUCGAGAAAAUAAUUGGUUGCAAAGAUUGUAUAGUAAAAGGCAUAAAUGGGCGUUGGCAUUUGAACGAGAAACAUUUUCUGCCGACAUGAGCACAAUACAGAGAAGUGAGAAUUUGAAUAAUUGUCUCAAGAAAUAUCUCAACAUCAAAUAUGAUUUGUCAAGAUUCCUUCAACAUUUUGAGAGAGUGGUUACUGAUAGGCGGUAUGAAGAGUUAAAAGCCGAAUUUGCAGCAACACAAAGCACCCCAACCAUGGCAACACAUACAGGAAUAUUAGAUUUUGCUGCCCAUGUGUAUACACCCCCUAUUUUUUCUAUGUUUUAUAAUGAGGUAUUGCAACAAUUGAAUUGCAGAAUUGAAGAAGAUCAUGUUGUGUCUGAAACAAUUGUUGAAUAUACAAUUUGCGUGUAUGGGGUGAAUCGUCGGUUUAAGGUGAUUUUUGAUUCUAGAAAUGACUCAGUCAGUUGUAGUUGCAAAAAGUUUGAAUUUGUUGGGAUCUUAUGCAGACAUGCAUUGAAGAUACUUGAUUAUAGACGUGUGGAAAUGUUACCCUCAUGCUAUAUAUUGAAAAGAUGGACAAUUGGUGCGAAAGCAUCUAGAAGUGAAGCAUCUCAUGACUCUAAUUGCUAUUCUGAUCAAGUUACAAAAAUAGCAGCACAUAGGAAAGAGAUGUUUCAUUUGCUCACUCAAGUGGUAAAUAAAGCUGCAUCUAAUGAUGAUGCUUAUAAGAUGGUUAUGCAAGUAGGAGAAAAUCUUUUGGAAAAUGUGACAGGGUGUUUAAAGCAAACAACAUUUGAUCAAUCAUCUAUAACAUUGGAGGGUAUGCAAGUUGAAAAUGAUAACAUGGGGUCUCCUUGGUAGCAUUGAUGCUAGUUUUGUGGAAGGCAGGUUUUCAAAACAAGUUAAAGGAUUUUAAACACAAGGUUUCCACCAUACACUCUUUGAAAGGGCCAAGAAAUGCCUCAAAAAAAAAAAGCAAUAGCCAAGAUGAAAAGAUAGAAGAAGGAUCAUUUAUUGAAAAAUGCUCUAAACAGGAAUGUAGAGAUGGGGGAAUAUGAACCUUGUGGCCAAGAAGAAGGUGAUAAAGACAAAAGCACAAUAAUUUGACCACUCUCUAACAUGCACACAGGAGAUACAAAUUGACCAUGACCAAAGCCGAGUGUUUUGUUGCGGUGAAUUUUUUUCUCGUGUUUGAACAUAGAACUUAGUUUAUAAGUUCCAUGUAUAGAGGUUCAACUCAAAGCGUUGCUAGCAACUGUUCUCUCACCAAAGAGAGAUUGUGAGCUUGCUGGCACCUUUUGGACCAAAUAAAAACUACUUUGUUUAGUUUUAUUUCCUGGAUAUUGAUAGAUGGAUAGAUCUCUGAAUAGGGUUGGGUGGCUUA